AUGACCGCUAUUGACCUGGAUGCUGGUACUCUCUACCAAGGUACUCACGUCGAAACCAGAGAAACCGUUUCCAUCAAGCUUGAGCGUGUCGACGCAGCACACCCCCAGCUCGAACACGAAGCGAAUGUUCACAAUCGUCUCGCCCAUAUUGUUGGCAUCCCCUUCGUACGUUGGUUCGGUACCGACGAUAAUCACCGUGUCAUGGUCAUGAACCACCUCGGGCCGAAUUUGGAGGAGCUACUCCAGCAAUGCGACGGCACAUUCACUCUGAGGACUGUGUUAUCACUUGCGGAUCAACUCAUUCCUCUCAUCGAAUCCUUCCACUCCGAACGCUAUAUCCACCGUGACAUCAGACCCGAGAGCAUAUUCGUUGGCAGUGGAAUACAUGAUCCGCAGGUCUAUCUUACUAACUUGGGUUUGGCCAAGCGGUACUGUGACCCCAAGUCUGGUGCUCACAUCGCAGAAUCCGAAGGGAAGGCGUUGGUAGGGACCGUUUAUUAUGCGAGUCUUCAUGUCCACGAUGGAAAAGGACAUGCUCGUCGUGACGAUAUGGAAUCUCUGGGCUUCGUGCUCCUUCGACUGAUGCGUGGUUCUCUUCCUUGGCAAAGGACGAGGUGCAAAAAAAAGGACAAGAUGUAUCGCGAUAUUGGAGAAAAGAAAGCAAAUAUCGAGGUUCUUUGUCAUCGCUUGCCUAGCGCAUUCGGGGAGUAUUUCACACAUGUCCGGUCUCUCAAAUUCCACGACAAGCCGGAUUACUCCUACCUGCGCAAGAUCUUCCGUGACUUGUUUGUGGACAAAUCCUUCCAGAGGAACUACAGCUUUGACUGGCGUAUCUAUCAUACUUGGGCAACUAUGAGCAGUAAACGCGAAGAUGCAAAAGAGUCUGCGCCUUGCAGUAACACUGUGGUUCCCUCCCUUCAACAGAUUCCAAAUCCCGAAUCCGUUGUUCUUCAGGCUUUUGACCAGGUCAUGACCACUAAAGCCGAAGACGAAAAAGCGCCUGCAUCUCGCAGUAAUCCUGUGGUUCUCUCCCUUCAACAGAUUCCAAAUCCCGAAUCCGCUGUUCUUCUGGCUCUCGACCAGACCAUGACUGAAACCCGCAGUAGAACGGUGGCCCUAUCCCUUCAACAGAUGCCGAAUCUUUCAUCUGUUGCUCAGCUUUUCGAGCCGGCCAGUGGGGGCAUAUGUUUGCAGCCCAAUACACCUCCAAUAACCAAGGAACAACUGGACCAUGAACUUACGGCGAUCUACGAUGCGUUGUUCGUGGUUGAGAGAAAAUGUAUCGAAAUUGUCAAGCAACAAAAUGAAAACCCCGACAAGUUUACGCCACUACAAUUGCAAGUCCUCGCUGCGCUAUUUAGGAUGGUUUUAUACAAAUUUGUUGACUUCUUCCUCGUUUCAAAUCAUCCCGCAGCAAGCGACGCACAGAAGGGAUUAGCUAAAGCCUACUCAAUGCCAGUGAGGAUGUGGAGACACGGCAUACAACCAUUCUUGGACCUGCUGCGAAAGGAGUUGCCCUUAUCACGUAACUAUCUAUUGGCCUUUUUAUAUAUGGCUUAUGCGAUCAUGACGCUCUUGUUGGAGAGUGUCCCACAAUUCGAGGAGACGUGGAUUGAGUUACUGGGAGAUUUAGCACGCUACAAGAUGGGGAUUGAAAAGGCGGACAUGAGAGAAAUCUACACAAGAGUGGCUCGGUACUGGUAUACCAAGGCCGCUGACCUGAAUCCAGAUAUCGGCCGGAUCCCGCAUCAUCUGGCAGUACUCGCCUGGCCAAAUGUGCUGCAACAAUUAUUCUAUUAUUCUAAAUCUUUGAUUAGUGUGCAGCCUUUUACCAAUGCGCGUGGUACUAUUUUAUACUUUUUUGAGCAACUUCUAGACCCUGUUCAUGCUGUGACGAAUUAUCCAAAACACAACACUAAGGUCUUGAUUAGUUUUGUCAAAGCGCAUGGUGUAUUAUUCAAGAGACAGAAUGUCUCUACGUUUUUAAGCCUAGCUAACGAGUUCUUAUCUCAGCUUGAUCAGUACGCAAGUGAAGUUGGUCCUUUAUUUCGAGAACAGGGGGUAUAUAUUACAGCCUCUAAUUAUGCUGCUCUAUUUGACUAUGGUUCCAACGACGCAGCUAUUCUAGCUUCGUUCAAUCGGGCUAGACUUACACAGGGGACAAAAGCAGCGAUACUUAAGAAAGCAUAUAUGAGCUGGCAAAAGCCUAGUUGCCAACAACCUGGCAUCGACCUUCGGGUUAUUAAAGAUGGUAGUAUCGGUAGCAGUGGUGAAGUAGGCUCUCUGGCCUGUGACCUCGCGUUUACCACUCUAUCCAUGAUCCUUGGCCGUCUCGAUGACCCAAAUACGAUGCCAAGUGUACAUAUCUCCCUGGUUCUCUUGUGGUGUCUUGCAAUGGUUCCAGAAAGCAUGUCCCGUAUUCAAGCAGAUGUGCCUUGGGAACGGCUGGCUACGUAUCUUACGACGCUGGUUUCGUCAGACACUGAUUUGUUGAAGAUUGGAGACACAGAAUUUCCUGUACAGAACCUAGAAUUUCUGCAAGAACUGCCAGAGGACCUCGUGAUCAAUGGCAUUACCUGGGCUAGACUCUACUAUCCUCCAGGCUUCUUCUCUAAGGCACGUGAAGGUGGCAAGCGACCGAUUGGACAUCAAUCAGAGAAUGGCGAACGGACCCAACGAUGUGUGCGGUUGGGGAUGCGGAUUGCCAAGUUUGAUUGUUGGAUAGUAUACGACGUUGAGCAACGCAAAUUCUCCCCGACUAAGUUUGCGUGCGAACUCGCCGCAUUAUCGGAAAAGCACCAGCUCCUUCAUCGACAUAUCAUCCAGCAUCUUGAUCUUCUGAUCUGUACUCUCUUCUGGUGA